AGUGGCGGUUGACAGGCAUGGACUGGUGCCUAAACGGAACGGCCGCCAAUGGAGAAAAGGCGGCCGAAGAGUUUUGCGGGCCGCCGUAUCCCCUGUGGACUUCCCUGAUACUGCUGGUCUGUUUGGGAAUAAUGAUCGUUAUCACAGCUAUAGGCAACAUGCUGGUAUGUCUGUCGGUGUGCCUCGUGCGCAAAUUAAGACGUGCUCCAAACUUUCUCCUGGUGUCUCUAGCAGUUUCCGACUUAUGUGUUGCCCUACUGGUCAUGCCAUUAGCUCUGCACUACGAAUUGGCUGGUGACUGGAGAUUGGGUGCAACCAUCUGCGAUAUGUGGGUGGCAUUCGACAUCACCUGCUGCACAGCAUCCAUCCUCAAUUUAUGCAUGAUUUCUGUUGACCGAUACUUGGCUAUUACAAAACCGUUGACAUAUGGCGUCAGACGUCGUUCCCGACGUACUUAUGUCAGCAUUGGAGUGACGUGGGUAAUGUCAGCAUUAGUUAGUGUACCUCCUUUACUCAUCCUUGGCAACGAGCAUGGUUCUGAAAGUAAUCCUACAUGUGACGUCAGUCAGAAUUUUGGGUACCAGUUGUAUGCAACACUGAGUUCUUUCUAUAUCCCGAUGCUAGUCAUGGUUUUUAUGUAUUGUAAGAUAUAUUUAGCAGCUAAAAGAGUUGUCGAAUCAGACAAGAAAGGACGUCUAGUCGCAGAGAGACAUCUUUCUCAUAGACGUGAGAGCAGCGCUGCAUAUUCUGCUAUGUGGGAUUCAAAACCAGAGAAAUUGGAUGUAUUUGUUCAGUUAAAAGCCCCUGAACUUAACAACCAUCGCCGGCAUUCUUCAGUUGACAGAGGAGAAGGCAAUAAUUCUAAGAUGUGCACUUUAGAAGCAUACAAAGUUGGAGAUAGGGCAGUGACAACAGUUCAUCGACCAAAGAUAUCAGCUAUUGUAAGAGAUCGCAAGGCCUCUAUAACCCUGGGUAUCAUAAUGACAGCCUUUGUUGUAUGUUGGCUACCAUUUUUUGUUGUUGCACUCCUUAGAUCACUGUUCACUAACUUGUGGGUACCGCAUGUAGUAAGAAGUUGCGUAUUAUGGUUAGGCUAUGCAAAUUCUAUGCUCAAUCCCAUCAUUUAUGUUACAUUUCAUCAAGACUUCCGACGUUCUUUUAAAGAAAUGCUUUGCUUUAGAUGUCAUUUGGUGAAUGAGACAUUCCGCGAAGAAGCAUAUAGAGAUCAAUAUGGAGAAACACCUCUGUGUUCAGGCCCACCUCAAUCAACUUGGCCUUCUUCGAGUUGCAAAUCUUUCAAUGCACCACGACCUUCCAUCUGUGGAACCUCACGUAGACUAGAUUGUUGUGGUACAAACAAUAAACAAAUGCAAAGUACGUUUAUGUGAAAAUAUAUAAUCUAGAAAAUGAGUGCUAUUUUUAAAUCUAUUGUAAAUUUGUGAUACAGUUUCGAUGAAUGGUAAGCACAAUGAUUAGAAGAGUAGGAAUACAAACGCUGGAUUUCGAAAUUCUACAUUCAUAAGUGUAUUCAUAAGCGUAAAGAUAUAUUUAGAAAUUGACGAUAUCAGUAUUUAUAUGAAAAUGCCUAAGAAGCUUGCAACUAUUUACUAUAUUAUUUCGAAAGCCAAAAUUAUUAAUUCUACUUGCAAAGAAGAUUAGAUUAUAAUUUCUCAGAAUGAAAGUGAACUUUUAUCCACUAGUGCAUAUUCAAUUCCACCGAAGGAAAGAAGAAACGAAAAUUAUAAUAUUUAGAAUAGCAAUCAAAAGUGAAAUUUAUUUUAAUAAUUUAGAUUUAAGAAAAUUCGAGCUUAUUAUUAUCGCUUUAUCAUUCUUAAUGAAACAAAGUUCAUUUUAAUAUAUAGGAAAGAAAAACAAUGAUAAUUAUUUACUUAGACAAAGCAUGCACUAAUUAAUAUGAUGGAUUGCAAAGUUGCAAAUAUCUUAGAAUGUACGGCACUGGUUAUGUACAUAGACUGAUUGUGUUCACUAUUUGUUAUUCUUCAUUUUUUGUGAAAUGAAUAUUUUUAGUUUCCACAGAUAUCAACUGUUUCUUUCAAUAUUUGUUGAGUGUUUA